AUGCUGGACCCCCGCCCUCGCGACGAGCGCCUGCGGACGUGCACCCGUCGACUGCGAGACGCAACCAUCCUUGACGUAAAGCCCUACCUUGCAGCUCCAACCCACGAAAGUCCGCCCCCACAAGCUGACCAGCUAUCUGCAGUGGCAGAGUUCCAGACCAGGCUGCUGCAGGAUGACUUUCUUGCCCAGCUUAGUGACGAUGUCCUAAAAAGCUUCUCUAUCUCAGAACUGCGGAGUAAGCGGCGGGCUGAGUCCUUGGCCUCGCAAGUAUAUCGGAUACAACAGCGCAUUCUGGACGAUAGCGAUCACUCUGACCCUCUUGAUCGUGGCUGUACCGGUGGACAGGUGUCUCCCCUUACAUCUUCAAGGCACCGGAGAGAGUCUCAGAAAAGCAGCUGUAGCAAGUCUUCUGCAAGCCCUGAAGCAUCUGCCUCGUCUCAUAGCAAUACUAAUCCCAUUUUUGCCGGAGAGUUUGAUAACCGGCUCAAGCAACUGCAGAUGGAGCAAUCUCAGCGCCAAAGGACACAAGGUACUCGCCUGGUGCGGCCUUCAUCAGCCAAUGCUACAAAAUGUAACACACUUGCUGACCUGGCUGCUACUAGUAGCACGACCGAAACAGCUUCACUGUGCGCCACGCUUCGAGAUACGAAAACUGAUUUAGAUCUCCAUGGAAUGUUGGAGAAUCUUUACAAAGAUAGAGACAUUCUGAGACGCACUAUUGCAAAAGCCUCCAAUGAAGUAGACUCGCGGAAUCAAUUGCUGAAGACACAGCUUAAAGAUAAUGAAAAGCUCAUUCAGGCAUGCCUCAUGGCUCUGCAGCAAAGGAGCCAUGAAUUGAAGGACGGCCACCUCUCUGCCGAUCAGUAUCUCAAAAGUUACCUCCUUGGAAGCUAUGACAAACUUACUCCCUUGCCCACAAAAUGUUCUGCACCAAAAGUUACAGCUGGUAUACGACCUUCCACAGCAUCGGUCUCUCACCGUGGAGAAAGGCUUGUGCCAGAAUAUGUAGUAUCUGCAAUCAGGGAUCCUAUUGCCGCGCCAACCUCUUCUUCAUGCGCUCCAAAUGACCUUUACAACCAAACAUCCUCAGCACUGUUCCCUAUACUAGCACAAUCUCGUCUGCGUCAGAGCAUGCAUCAAGAUCAGAAGCCGUUUGGCGAGGGCUGCGCAUAUCUUCCAUCCAAAGACACUGUUGUUCCAGAGAAAGGUCAAGACCCCACAAAUACCUACAACAACCAAGUAGAGGAUGGUGCUAGUGUCUGUGCUCCUAUGUUUUCGAAUUGCACAGCACCUUCUAUUAAACAUACAAACGCUAUGCAACUACACACAUUGAUGUUUAGCCCACACGCUAUGAAGGCCUUUAUAACAGGGACUAAUGUAAUUAAGCUUGUGUGCCCCGAUGCUCUUGCACUCGGUCAAAGUAGUUGUCGCUAUAUCGGUAACAUUGUAGAGCCCUUGCUAUUGAUUGGUAAUACUGUUAUAAAUGUAUCUUCUAUACACACACUAAGAGAGCGGCUAGCGAAGUGUUUUUUCUAUGAACCUGAUGGCUUGCUGAUUUCCCCCAUGGAGCGGAACUUCGUCUGGGCGACCUUAUGCUUUGUUCUUUACAAACACCCAGAUGCUAUUUUUAUUCCUCGUAGUGGCAACCUAUUGCAAACAGCUCAGUUUAUUCUGCCUUUUGACGUGGCUCUUAAACCCACACAUGUGCUCUUGGAAGUGUCCAUCAUUGCUCCGUCGUUACCUCUUAAGAGCUAUGCCAUUGCUAAUGUGGCAGUACCCUACUUUAAUGACAGGCCCGCGCUUCCCCGUGCAACACGGAUAGAGGCGAUAUCAAAAUAUCAACGACGGAUCUACUUUUCAAUUGAUAGAAUGCGCUUCGUGCUGAAUAAGGCAGCCCGCGUUGUUGCCACUUAUCUCAGGAAAACGACAGACGUCCUGGAAUAG